GUUGUGCUCCGUCACACAGGUAGCGGAGCUACCUGCCUGACACACUGCGAUGGACUGGACACCGAAGCCGAGGUAUCGCUCAUCAUGAGCUCAGUAAAGUCUCUCUCUAACACGGCAGAAUGUGGAAGGCUGGAAGUGCACCUAGUUGGAGGUUUCAAUGAUGAUAGGCAGUUAUCACAAAAACUUACUAAUCAGCUUCUUAGAGCGUUUGAUCUCCAACCAGAUGAUGUUCAUUUAGUGACUUUCUGCGUAACAGAACUAAAUGACAGAGAGGAGAAGGAUAUUCACUUUCCAAUCAUUUAUGGAAUAGCUGUAAAUGUUAAAACAGCAGAGAUUUUUCCUGCAACCUUUCCAGAGAAAGGGCCCGAUGAGGAUUUGCGUUCAGCCCACAUCUUAACAGGAGCAGCGUUGACUAACAUUUAUGAUGCAAAGAUGGAACAACUACGUAUAGGACCUUAUUUCUGGAGGCCUUUCCCCCAUGUGGACUUCUGGCUGGAACAAGAUGAUAAACAGAUCUUACAGAACCUUUCCACAUCGCCACUGGCAGAGCCACCCCACUUUGUUUCCCACAUUAGAUCUACAUUAUCAUUUUUAAAAGAACACCCCUUUCCCUCUCAUUCCCUGUUUCCUAAUAGGAAACCUCGCAUCUAUAAAAAGAAUGAAGAAGGCUUGUGGGAACAGGUUUGUUCUGACAAGAUGUAACCUGGAGAUCAACACUAGCCCUUUUAGGGAGUGUAACCUUGCCAGAAGAUCAAUUUCUUGUGCAAAAAACCCAAAACGUAUUUCUGGUAAAAAUGAUGGCUUUUCAAAAUAAA